GGGCUGCUGGGAACACAGUCACGAGCGGACAUCUUUGAUUUAAAGGGACUCGGGCGGAAGGCGGUUGUGACAAAAGUCACAGUUUCAGGGAGUCAAGACAGCUUGCGCAGUCUAGUAUUUUGUUUAAAACGUCGGAUCAUUAUAGAAGAUGCGUCCAGUGGCAUAAACGCGUUGUUCGGACGAAGUGUUGUCUUGAGAGGAAAAAGCGCAGCGCUGACAGCUCAGUAAACCGGGGCUGUGCUGGCCGGGAAGUUGAAGAUUUGCGAGGGAGUGACCAGACGGUGUGAUGUAGCUUUAGCUGGCUGAUACAAUAUUUUCUAUUGCUGUGUAUUAUCUGAAGAAAAGAGAGUGAACUGCCCAGUUUCCGGAUACAUACUAAGGUUCCCCCACCGGUAGAAGAUGUCCACCAUGGUUUACCCGCGGGAGGAGAGGCUGGAGAAGCUCUCGCAGGAGGAGAUCAUCUCCAACACCAAGCUGGUGAUCCAGGGCCUGGAGGCCCUGAAGAAUGAGCACAACUCCAUCCUGCACAGCCUGCUGGAGACCAUCAAGUGCCUGAAGAAGGACGAGGAGGCCAACCUGGUGCACGAGAAGUCCAACCUCCUGCGCAAGUCCGUAGAGAUGAUCGAGCUUGGCCUGGGGGAGGCGCAGGUGAUGAUGGCCCUCUCCAGCCACCUGAACGCGGUGGAGUCGGAGAAGCAGAAGCUGCGGGCGCAGGUGCGGCGGCUGUGCCAGGAGAACCAGUGGCUGCGGGACGAGCUGGCCAACACCCAGCAGAAGCUGCAGAAGAGCGAGCAGAGCGUGGCCCAGCUGGAGGAGGAGAAGAAGCACCUGGAGUUCAUGAACCAGCUCAAGAAGUACGACGAGGACGUGUCCCCCACGGAGGAGAAGGAUGGGGAGCCGCCCAAGGAUUCCCUGGAUGACCUUUUCCCUAACGACGAAGAGGAGCACGGCCCAGGAAUGCAGCAGCAGCAUAACAGUGCGGCGGUCGCUGCGGCUCAGCAGGGUGGGUAUGAGAUCCCGGCCCGGCUGCGCACCCUGCACAACCUGGUGAUCCAGUACGCCUCCCAGGGCCGGUACGAGGUGGCCGUGCCCCUCUGCAAGCAGGCCCUGGAGGACCUGGAGAAGACCUCCGGCCACGACCACCCCGACGUGGCCACCAUGCUCAACAUCCUGGCUCUAGUGUACAGGGAUCAGAACAAAUACAAAGAAGCCGCCCACCUGCUGAACGACGCCCUGUCCAUCCGCGAGAAAACCCUGGGGAAGGACCACCCUGCUGUGGCUGCCACACUGAACAACCUGGCCGUGCUGUACGGGAAGAGGGGCAAGUACAAGGAGGCGGAGCCUCUCUGCAAGAGAGCCCUGGAGAUCAGAGAAAAGGUGCUGGGCAAGGACCACCCGGACGUGGCCAAGCAGCUGAACAACCUGGCCUUGCUGUGCCAGAACCAGGGCAAGUACGAGGAGGUGGAGUACUACUACUGCCGGGCCCUGGAGAUCUACCAGUGCCGACUGGGCCCCGACGACCCCAACGUGGCCAAGACCAAGAACAACCUGGCUUCCUGUUACCUGAAACAGGGGAAGUACAAGGAGGCUGAAGUUCUGUACAAGGAGAUUCUCACCCGCGCCCACGAGAAAGAGUUUGGCUCAGUGGAUGCGGAGAACAAGCCCAUCUGGAUGCACGCUGAAGAGAGAGAGGAGAUGAGCAAGGGCAAACACAGAGACAGCUCCCACUAUGGCGAGUACGGCGGCUGGUACAAAGCCUGCAAGGUCAACAGCCCCACAGUGAACACCACCCUGCGGAACCUGGGGGCGCUGUACCGUCGCCAGGGCAAGAUUGAGGCAGCCGAAACCCUGGAGGAGUGCGCCAUGCGGUCCCGCAAGCAGGGCACUGACCCCGUUAAUCAGUCGCGGGUGGUGGAGAUCCUGAAGGAUGGGGAGGGAGAGAGGAGGAGGAGCCGGGACAACAUGGCCGCCAGCGUCAAGUACGAGAGCAGCUCGGAGACUGGGGAGGAAGUGAGUAUGGGAGUAGAGUGGACAGGGGCUUAAACCUUCAAGAUUUUCCUCAAACGUUCUCUCCUCCCUGAAAUUACCCCCGCCCCCGCUUCCCCAUCCACCAACAAAAAUAGCCAAUCAAAAGGAUGUCUUGCGUUCUGGCUCCUCCCCCCUCUGCUCCCAAUCAAAAAUCUUCGCUCUGCCAUUCCUGGUUUCUUCGACCGAGACCGUUGGUCGCUGCUGCUGCUGCGAUCCCAACCGAACACCAGUGGGGAUGUGUGGUGGCUGUCUUUCACGAAUCACGAAUGCAGUGUGUUACUUGAUUCAGAUCUCUCUGUCUCUCUCUUUCGCCUAUACGCGUCUGUUUAUUCCCACUCGUCUCUGAAUACUUUGUCCAUUUCAACUGUAUAAGCUUUGUUAUCCAGUUGUGAGAUGUUGCUAUGGAUGGCGCGCAUUGGGCUGGCAGUGGCGAUGGCCGAUGGAUGUCGAUGCCUCUUCGAGGCUGAAUGAUGGAAAUAAAACUGCGCAGAAAAUUGGAGGGUGUGUCCACGUGAUCCACAAUUCACUCCGCCUUUCGCCCUCGUCUUCACCAAACGUUGUCUCCAUGCAAUCACAGAACUCAAUGAAUUGCAGUAUCAGUGUACCUGCAGGAUUACUGCUGGUUCACUCGCUCUAUAGAUUACGACACUACACCGCUAUUUCUUUCAGUAGAGUAGGAUCUGUUGCCUCUGAGAUCACUUAGCGCUUUGAAUCUUUUUGCAUUUUAUUUUUAUUUGCGUCGUUCAAUAAUUUCGACAGGAAUUAUCAACCUAGGUGCCUGUAUUUAGCAUUUAUACAAUUUUAAAAUUACGGUUAUGUUUUUUUAUGAUUUGCUUCCAUGACAACCUCCAGGAAUUGAAGUCUGAAAUCAAUGGGAUUUUAAUCAAAUAACGCAUUUCUGACUAUCCGCUACAGUUGUAUCAGAAUUACACAAGUUUAUGCCUAAUUCGUUUUCGCAAUGAUUUCGCUAUUUUUUUUCCUUUGCAAGGAAACAAGUGCCGUGAGAUUAAACUGUAUUGUGUAUUCAAAGCGGUUUUAAAAUGUUUUUUUUUUCAGUGUUUUGAAGUGUUUUUUAAUUUUUUAUUAUGUGCAACUUAUAUUUUAUGUUUCUAGUGUCAUUACGGACAUACGAAAUACAGCUUUAUAUAAAAAACUAUAUAUUUAUUUGUAAGCAUUUAUGAAACAAAUUUAGUGUGCGAAAAUUGCAUUAGUAGCCUACAAGCCCUGUUUUACAUAGGCAUUAACACAAAUAUAAAAUGCGGUCGUUUUUAGAGAGACUUCCAUGAUUGAGUGGAUAAGUAACAUGGAGUUAUCUUACCGUGUGUCCAAGGCCCGAGCAUUCUUUGCCUGCUUUAUCUGAAACCGGUGACAAGCCACCGGAGGGAUAAACAGCCCCUUGGGUUCGUUUCCACGCGCUUUUGGUUCAUGGUUUAACACGUGUCAUUGUUUACAGAGUAGUAGUCAAAAGGGAAUUCGUGAUCAGACGUUUGAACAAAAUAAUAUAGGUAGUCCACGAAAAAUCUUCGAAGUGCUGUUUUACGAUGAGAGAAAGUCUAUGUAAGUUCGAAAUGCACGGAAAUUUAGCUUAUAGAAGGGGGAAGAGCAGAUAAGGAGAAAUUAUUUCGAUGUUUUUGUUCUAAAGUCCUGCUCACUACAUGCAAUUAUCGUAGAGUGCGCCACCAAACUUGGAACAUUUUUCUUUGGAUUUACUGAAUAUUUCUGUGGACACUUAUGGUAAAUGGAAAGAAAAUAAUAAUAUAUUUAUGUGUCAUCAUUUCACCGUGUUACAUUAACUGAAUGUGAUAUUGUUUAAACAUUAUACUUAAGCCUGAAAUGAAUAGGUGUUCGCACCCCCACGUUUUUAGUUUAUGGAUUUUACGUUUCAUGGGUCACCGACGAAGUGGCGCACACACGAGGAGAAAAGAAGUGUUUAAAAAAAGGGGUGCAUUGUAAAAUCAGCCCAGUUUUGAGCUAUCUGUAAUUGUUUCACUGUAAACUCUGUUUCUAUAGAUAAGAAAAGACUGUAGGCACCAUGUUAGUAGUCCUAGUAGAAGUGCAUCUCUUUCUCUUUUGCAUUGUGAUGAAUGUUUCACUAACAUUGUUGACGUCAUCUUGAAUAAAGACUCUUUCAUUUGUGAA